GCACUAUUUGGACUUGUUUACACUUUCGUAGACUCGUACUUUCGUUUCCUCUUUCUCUCUUGAGUGUUACUUAUUGCAUCGAGCAUGUCGAUUUUAAAUACGCUACAUCGAGCAGGAACGUUGGUACGAGCGAGUUUAACUCAUAAACUUGAUCCAGCGAGAGCCAUCACGUUUUCACUUACACGUUGUUCGGAGGAAGGAAAUGCAACUGAAGAUGAUAGCUCAGCUGCGGGGACUCCUACAGUUGCACGUGUACCAAUUGUAUCAGUAGAGACUAGCAUCAAGUAUAUGAAUAGCGAUGCUUACAAACAAACUUAUGGAGAUGACCCAGUAUGGAAAAUAUAUAGAAGAAAUUUUAAAGGACAAAUUCCACCUAGGAAAACUCGAAAAACUUGCAUAAGAUAUGGUCAAAUUUCGACUGGCAGUCCAUGUCCCAUAUGUAGAGACGAAUAUCUCGUACUUGAUCAUAGAAACGUCAAGCUGCUUGAGCAAUUUAUCAACAAACAUAACGGAAGCGUUUUGAGUUACUCGAAAACAAAUAUUUGCCAAAGGAGGCACAAACAACUCCUAAUUGCAUUAAUUAAGGCCAAAGAUUAUGGGACUGUUACAUUUGAUCUUCCCAUAAGGCAAUAUGAUUAUUCAGAGUGGAAACCAUCAAACAAUUAAUCUUUAAUUAUUUAUAUUGUCAUAUUACGACAUCUGUAUAUUCCUUUAUUAAAUAUGAAU